AUGGCAUGUACCCGACCACCUUCUGCUCCAAGGAAUGUUAUUUUUAACAUAAAUGAAACAGCGCUGUUGUUGGAAUGGAGCCCACCAAGUGACACAGGAGGAAGAAAAGACCUUACCUACAGUGUUAUUUGUAAAAAAUGUGGGUCUGAUGCCAGCCAGUGUGAAAUUUGUGGAGGAGGGAUCCGUUUCGUUCCAAGACACACUGGUUUAAUUAACUCCUCAGUGACUGUGCUUGAUUUUGUGUCCCAUGUGAACUACACUUUUGAAAUAGAAGCCAUGAAUGGAGUCUCGGAAUUAAGUUUUUCACCUAAACAGUUUACAGCUAUCACAGUUACCACAGAUCAAGAUGCACCAUCCUUGAUAGGUAUGGUCAGGAAGGACUGGGCUUCCCAAAACAGCAUUGCUCUCUCAUGGCAAGAACCUGAUUUUCCUAAUGGAGCCAUUCUGGACUACGAGAUCAAGUACUAUGAGAAAGUCUACCCACGGAUAGCGCCGGCAUUUUGGCACUACCUGCGGGUAGAAGAACAUGAGCAGCUCAGCUAUUCCUCCACAAGAUCAAAAGCUCCAAGUGUUAUCGUCACAGGCCUCAAACCAGCAACCAAGUAUAUAUUUCAUAUCAGAGUCAGGACUGCAACAGGAUACAGUGGCUAUAGCCAGAAGUUUGAAUUUGAAACUGGAGAUGAAACCUCAGAUAUAGCUGCGGAACAGGGGCAGAUCCUGGUCAUUGCCACUGCUGCUGUGGGUGGAUUCACUCUCCUGGUCAUUCUCACUCUGUUCUUCCUCAUCACUGGAAGGUGCCAGUGGUAUAUAAAGGCAAAAAUGAAGUCUGAAGAAAAACGAAGAGCUCAUUUGCAGAAUGGACAUUUGCGAUUUCCAGGAACCAAAACAUAUAUUGAUCCAGACACAUAUGAAGACCCAUCACUCGCUGUCCAUGAGUUUGCAAAGGAGAUCGAUCCUUCACGGAUUCGUAUUGAGAGAGUUAUUGGGGCAGGUGAAUUUGGAGAAGUGUGCAGUGGUCGCUUGAAGACACCUGGGAAGAGGGAGAUUCCUGUUGCCAUAAAAACAUUGAAAGGGGGCUAUGUGGACAGACAGAGACGAGAUUUCCUACGAGAAGCUAGUAUCAUGGGACAGUUUGACCACCCAAAUAUUAUCCGCCUUGAAGGAGUGGUUACAAAAAGCAGACCAGUAAUGAUUGUGGUUGAAUACAUGGAGAAUGGAUCCCUUGACUCCUUUCUACGGAAACAUGAUGGCCAUUUUACUGUCAUCCAACUGGUUGGCAUGCUACGUGGGAUUGCUUCUGGCAUGAAAUAUCUCUCAGACAUGGGCUACGUACAUCGAGAUUUGGCAGCUCGGAAUAUUUUGGUCAACAGCAACCUCAUGUGUAAGGUCUCCGAUUUUGGAUUAUCCCGUGUGUUAGAAGAUGACCCUGAGGCAGCUUAUACAACAAGUGGUGGAAAAAUUCCCAUAAGAUGGACAGCUCCUGAAGCAAUAGCCUACAGGAAGUUCUCUUCAGCAAGUGAUACAUGGAGUUAUGGGAUUGUCAUGUGGGAAGUGAUGUCAUAUGGAGAAAGGCCAUAUUGGGAGAUGUCUAACCAAGAUGUGAUUCUGUCCAUAGAAGAAGGUUACAGGCUUCCAGCUCCCAUGGGCUGCCCUGCUUCUCUUCACCAACUAAUGCUUCAUUGCUGGCAAAAAGAAAGAAACCACCGGCCAAAGUUCACAGACAUUGUCAGCUUCCUAGACAAAUUGAUACGCAACCCCAGCUCUCUUCAUACACUAGUGGAGGAUAUACUUGUAAUGCCAGAUUCACCUGGUGAAGUCCCCGAAUACCCUUUCUUUGUGUCAGUCAGUGACUGGCUGGACUCAAUAAAAAUGGGCCAAUACAAAACUAACUUCAUGGCAGCAGGGUAUACAACUAUGGAUCUUGUUUUAAGAAUGAGUAUUGAUGACAUUAGAAGAAUUGGUGUUGUACUUAUUGGACACCAGAGACGAAUAGUAAGCAGUUUACAGACUCUGCGAUUACACAUGAUGCACAUACAAGAAAAAGGAUUUCAUGUAUGAAAAUUCUAGAAGCGACUGUGUUUUGUGCCUCAGCAUUUAUAAAAUGAAAGACACUCAUUCCUUCUUUCUGCUCUUCCCAGCUUCAAGAACUGCAACCUCCUUCAUACAGGAAACACAUAAUGUUUAUGUUACUACUUCCAGCUUGGAAUUUUUAA